AUGCCCUACAACCUACAUCAACGAUACUACCUACGGGAACGGGGUCAGACUCAACAAGACCAGCCGCCAACCAGACAAAAGAGGAAACGGAAGCGUCGAGCAGCCGAACAACACCCCAAGUCAACACGGACAGGAGCACAUCGAGGCAGGAGAAGUCAGGAUAAUAGAGCUUCUCCUAGUUCCCCCGCAGCCCCCCAAGACCAACCACAGCAACAACCGCCACCACCUGCUGUCAAGGACGAAAUGCACCCAUGGCUCAAGGCGAUGGGAUACGAGGAGGUGGACUUUAUUGUCGACCCAGAAGCUGGUCUUAAAGAGGGUGAAGAGCCUCCACCUCUAGGGACCGUGGAAGAAGAAGACCCUGAUCUUUUGAACUACGGACCUUGGCCAGAAACAGAUAGUCAUAUUGACCCGGCGACCCGGGAUGCAAUUGAAGCCUCGAAGAAUCCAUUCUUUAUAUCUUGGCUGAGGGGGAGGCAUAUCGGCAUAUCCCAUGGAUAUCAGAAGGCUGCCUUCGCUAGCUAUGAAAUCAAUUAUUUAAGUGCCUGCAAGGGUUAUGUGAAUGGAAGCCCUCUGGGAGGCGCAGAUAGCUCCAUUAAAGUGACUAUUUGCAAAUUCACUCUUUCUAAACAUACAGCAUCGAGCCUGGCUUUCUCGAUGCAAAGCUUCUCUGCGAGAAAAGCAGCAAAUAUCUUUUCACCAACCACAGGCUUCAAGAUGGCAGCUCCAAAUCUUGGCAUCAUCCCGACGACUCAGGGAGUGCAAAACCACUUCUGGAAUAGGAAUGAGGAGGCGCAUUCCUUAAUUCGAAAUCUCUAUCAUCUACCUGCCAAUCACUCGCAGGAAGAUAUAGUCGACCAUGUCUGGGUUGCCAUUUGCCGUCUUUACUUUCCCCAUACCGCCACGGGGCAUAACGGCCCAAGAUGGACUGUGCUACGGGAGGCAUAUCGAGGGCCACAACACCACUUAUCGGAGCACAAGCCCAAUGUCCUUGUUGUGCGGCUUCAACCGCAGCAAGUCGUGGGUGGUCUCCGCGUUUAUGGGCGUGAUUAUCUAUGGGUUGACUGCAAGCCACCCUCUCACGAUUCACCAUCAGGGUGGAAGAACCUCAUCAAUGAGGCAACGGAGCGGCUGAAUAGCGCCCACCCACAGCGCGCCGUGGCUGUCAUCGUGGCCAUCGGAUGCAGGAUGAUGGCUUUUUGGUGGGACCCAACCAAUACAGUUGUUACUCCCCGAAUGAGCAUACAAGCUGCGCAUCCACAGACAGUGGUAUGGGAUCUGGACCCACGCCUAAAGGGUUGGUUCCAGGGGGGUUGGGUUAACUCAGCCACCGGGAGGGUUGACCUCUCCCAGGCACUAGUGGUGGACUGCAUCACUGAAGAAAUUGUAAAUGGUCAGCGGAUGUUGAGGUGGAGGGAUGAACUCGCGGAAAUUGAGAAAUUGCUGGUGUCAAUCCGCCAAAUGGGACUCCCAGGGCGGAACGAUAGCCAUUGGUCCUGCUGA